AUGGCAUUCCAGGAAAAGCUACAGGCUCAAUUCCAGAACGGUGUCACUCAAUUUGACAAGGAGCUCUCCAAAUACCCCUAUCUCGUUAACCUCGAGAAGCAAACAAAUGUUCCAAAGACAUACGUCAUUGGAGGCGUCGGCUUUUUGUACUUCGUCUUGAUCUUCUUUAACUUGGGAGGCCAACUCCUUGUCAACCUCGCUGGCUUCGUUAUCCCUGCCUACUAUUCUCUUCAGGCUCUAUUCACCACCCAGCAAGCCGAUGACACCCAAUGGUUGACCUACUGGGUUUGCUUCUCCUUCCUCAGUGUCCUUGAAGCCGGUCUUGACCUCACCUACUGGUUCCCAUUCUACUACCUCUUCAAGUUCGCCUUCAUCCUCUGGCUCGCCCUUCCACAAUUCAGCGGUGCCCAGAUCCUCUUCCGCAACGCUCUUUACCCACUCUUCGCCCGCUACUUCAAGGGCCAGAACGCUGGAUCCGCCAGCUUCCGUGCUAAGGCCGAUGCUGCUGAGAAGCCACACGUCCAGUAA